AUCAUCAGUUUGGCGGCAAUAAUACCUUUGACUGCACAGGAUAGCAAGACCACAAUUAUAGUGAUCCUGGUGGUUACAGGCAUAGCCAGUCUACUCAUACCUACCAUUGGGAUGAUCGGGACACUUAAGCACCACUACGGUAUGGCCAUGACAUUUGCCAUAUCAAUGACCGUGGCCACCGCGUUUAACAUCUACUGCAUGACACGAUUCAAAGGAAUCGUACCCAACUUUUUAGUGCAGCUUGGUGAAACUAUAUUAGCCUACAUGUUUGCCAUGCAAUGCAAUAAAAUGAGGGAAAGUCGCAUACACAACAUGGAGGCUGCCAUGAGAGGUGAUAACCAGGCUCAAUUGUUUGUCAUUACCGAUCCAAGUGCUCAACUACAUGACAUACCCACUACUUCGUACGCCACCCAACCGGCUCUUAAUCCUCAGUACGAUCAACAAUAUGGCGGUCAAUACGGUCACCAAUAUGACGGACAGUAUGGGGCACAGUAUGGCCCUCAAUACGGGCACCAGUAUGGUGGUGAUGUCAACAAGGUCAACCCGAUAGGGUUUGAACAAAUUGCUCCUGCUACACAAAAUGGCGCUUAUCCUAUAAAGGAGUUUGAAAGAGGGUAUUCACGAAUGGGUGACCGCCCUAUACCGAAUACCAUA